AUGGCCAUCCCCGAAGCUUCCGCACUACCGAACCAUCUAGCUCAUCGAUGGUCCUCAUCCGUGAAGACUGGGGUGCCGCAUAAACCCAGCGGGCUACGCCGGGAGAUUUUUCCUGGAGACCUGGGGACUGGUCUCACGAGCAUCCACGGCAGUUCGUCAGUAAAUGAGCAGAAGAAGCCCAGGCUCAAAAAACGCCGCUCCAUUGCACGUCGUUGCAAAGUCUUCGCGAUGAAGCACACAUGGACGAUUCCCCUGGUGCCUUUGUUUGCCUUCCUCUCUCUCUACCUCAUCAAUCCGACUGAGUCAAAUAUCAUUUCCCGAUUCAUCUUCCUCUCUUACAAACAGCCGGCUCUGGAAGCGGGCUUGCCUCCGCAAUAUGGCAAAGGCAUAUGGGACGUCGCUUUUGUGUUAUUCUACGUCAUUGUCCUUUCCUUUACGCGCGAGUUAAUCAUGCAAGAAAUGUUGCGGCCUCUGGCACGUCUGGGUGGCAUCAAGUCGCGUGGGAAACAGCUACGGUUCAUGGAGCAGAUGUACACAGCGGUCUACUUCAUGAUCAUAGGGCCUGCGGGCUUGUAUGUGAUGCGGCAAUCGCCAGUCUGGUACUUCAACACUCGGGGCAUGUACGAACUCUUCCCCCAUCGGACUCAUAAUACCUACUUCAAAUUUUACUACCUGUUUCAGGCUGCAUAUUGGGCACAGCAGGCUCUUGUCAUGAUUCUAGGCUUAGAGAAGCCGCGCAAAGACUAUAAGGAACUUGUAGCACAUCAUAUUAUUACUCUAGCCUUGAUUGGUCUAAGCUACCGGUUCCACUUCACCUAUAUCGGCAUCGCCGUAUAUAUAACCCAUGAUAUCAGUGACUUGUUCCUAGCAGUAAGUUAG